AUGAAUUCGCCAUUGCAGGAGUACAAGGGGAAUGUUGGCAGUGGCUCUCCAAGGCAGCCUGGCUCUACUAAUUCUAACCAUAUCAAGAAGCAUUCAAUCUGGGAGCCUUUGGAUGGCGCAACCGUUGCGAACAGCACAGACGACGUAGAGAAUGAGGAUGUGAAUAUAAUACCCUUACUGCCUUCACAUAAGAGAAUGUUCAGUUCUGUCGGCGCUGUCGGCUCAAUGGGCACUUUACUUGAGGAUCCGCACCCAGACACACAGUUGAAUACAAAGACAAGCUCAAACAGCUUGAAUUUCACUCCACCCAAUCAAAUUCUCACUCCCUCUCUUAACACUACUCCUUCUUCAGAUAAGCCUAAUCGACGCAAGCACCACCAUAAGCGUUCACUAUCUCAUGCUUUUUUUAGCUUCAACGACCCCACCGUGACUGUGAACAGCGCUGUGUCUUCCAAGUUAUCCUCCAACUUUGCCAAAACAAAGGACAGCAAACCUGCCCCACCACCCACUUUCGAAAGAAGAGCGUUUAGUUUGAGAAAAUUUGCAUUCACUGGUGUUGAAUUACUCCUCGGCGCCUGGUUAUGGCUUGCAGGACAACGAAUUGAGAGUCUAUCGACCACUGGAAUGGGUUACUUGAUUACAUUCGACAGCAUAUCGCUCAUCUCCAUCAACCUGUUCGACUGGUACAGGACGGUGUCUCCUACGUACAAGAAGCCGUUCGGGAUACGCAGGCUAGAAACUCUAUCAUUGUUUACGCAAGUCAUUUAUUUAGUCUUUGCCGUGACCUAUCUUGCUAAGGAGUCGGUAGAACACGCGCUGAUAUCUUCCACUGAAGAUGACUACCGAGAAUACAAUGAAUAUGACCACAAGUAUGGUAUUCCCUUCCCCACUCAUCUAAUCCUGCUCUCUGCGAUACUACCAUAUAUUGCCAACAAGUACUACCACAACCACCACUCACUAGCGCUCAUCACAGGCACGCUGCUAUACAACGCUCCCAAGAUGUCCAGCUUUAUCAACAAUCCAUAUAGCUGCCUAAUUAGUCUGUUCGGAAGUGCGAUGUGGCUCACAGCCGCGCUCAUACCACCCCCCCACCACCAUAUCUGUGACCAAGUGAUAGCGGGCUGUAUGGCAGUAUGCAUCGGAUACCUGAUAUACCCAUCUCUGAUCACCCUCUCGCGAAUCCUAUUGCAGACGGCGCCGACGUCUACGACGAUCCCGAUACUGCGUGAAGCGUUGCGCGAGAUCGAGACUCACCCACUAGUCAAGCACUUGGACCUCCCGCGCAUCUUCCAGAUAACACCAGGCGCUGCUAGCACGACACUGCUCGAUGAUGAUGCGAGUUGUGUGGAUCUCGCUCGCAAUUCCUCGUGCUCUUCCUCUUUCUCGUCGGCUACUGGAAUCUCAAAUGCACACUCACUCGGCUCCUCCUUUGUCUCGCUCAAAGUGCUCGUCGGGAAGGAGACCUCCGACGUGGAUAUCUUCAACCUCACCCUGUCCGCGUCUCAGCUCAUCCGCGCGCAUUUCGCUGCCGCUGGAACGCAGUGCACUGUAGAUGUGCGGAGGGAGUGCGUGUAG